AUGGCGGCGGUGCAAUUCUGUGGAGAGUGGUUCAUCUGCAGCUGUGACAAGCGGCUUCUGGCGGUCCACAGCACCCAGGACAGAGCUCCUUUUGAGUUUGACUGCAGCGCUGCAGAGAAGAGACCCAAGAAAGCUGAGACAGACGGGGACCAGGCUCAGAGUGGAGAGCAUGACCCGGGCUCAGACCACAUCCUGGCCAUGGCCACGUCCGCCUCGGGCAGUCUACUGGCUCUCAGCGACGACAGUAAGAGGCUGGUGCUGCUGCGGAGGGAGCCGGCCUGGACUGUCGUGAGUGUGAGGUGGUUGGCCCGGCGCUGCACGGCUCUGGUCUUCAGUCGGGCGGAGGACUUCCUGCUGGUGGCCGAUAAGUCCGGAGAUGUGUACAGUGCCUCUGUGAAGGAGCCCAGCCGGGAACCAGAGCUGCAGCUGGGGCACCUCUCUAUGGUGUUGGACGUGGCUGUGUCUGUGGACGACCGCUUCAUAGUGACGUGUGAUCGAGACGAGAAGAUCCGAGUGAGCUGGUCCAAGUCUCCCUACAACAUCCAGUCCUUCUGCCUGGGACACCAGCAGUUUGUGAGUGCUCUGUUGGCGCCCUCCAGAAGCCCCCGCUCUCUGCUCUCCGGCUCUGGGGACGGCACCGUCUGUGUGUGGGACAUACACACUGGUCAGCAGCAGCAGUGUGUGGAGCUCAGAGGACAGCUGCAGCCUAAAGACCAAGACCAAGCCCCAGACCAGGCCCCCAACGAUGCUCCAGAGAGGCUGACGGUGAGCAGGCUGAGGAGCUCUCCUGAUGGGUGUCACAUGGCAGUGCUGUGUGAGAGGGUGAACCAGAUCCAGCUGCUGAGCCUGGAGCAGACUGAGCAGGGCACAGUGCUCUCCCCUCACAGUCUCCUCAGCCUCAGCCACUGCCCCCUGGACCUGACCUUCGACCCCUGUGGCCGCCUCUGGGUGCUUCUGGACCGCACUGAGCGCCCCCUGGAGGUCUACAGCCUCACACAGGGAUCAUACCAGCAGGUGGACGCCCAGAGUCCAGAUGUGUCCAGGGUGACCAGUGCCCUCUCAGCGCUCUGGGAGUCAGUGGACGUGAGUAGACGCCACAGCAGCCGCCUGGAGCACCUGUACGUGGAGACUUUCGACAACGUGAGCGAGUACAUGAGAAAGAAGCAGCAGCGCCUGGACCAGCAGAACUCCAAGAGGAACUACAAGCAGGAGAAGAGGAGGAGCCAGGACCAGAGCCAGAGUCAGAGCAAGAAGUCCAAAACGGACGCCACUGCCCCAGCCAACGGCUCCUGA